CCCCACAACCCUGUGCGGCAUCCCAGGAUGGUGGCGCCCAGCGGUGCAAUGACGGAUUCAGAAAGCAGCAGCAGUGGCGGCAGCGAUGCGGAGGAGCUGGCACGGUGUCGCGAGGCGGCGACGCCCGCCUGGGGCCUGGAGCAGCGCCCGCAGGGAGCGGAGAAACCCGAAGCCGGUGCUGCAGAUAAACCAGCGCCGGCCCCCCAGCCAAGCCGCAGGCGUGAGGUGAGCCAGCAUGAGGAAGACGGUAACGAGCUUCGGACCACCCCUGAGUUUCGCGCCCACGUGGCCAAGAAACUGGGAGCGCUGCUGGACAGCUCCAUUGCCAUCGCGGAAGUAUGGAAGAAGUCGCAGAAGGUGUUGCAGCAGGCGGCGAAGGAGAGGGACGGCUUCCGCCUUUUCUUCACAUCUGUCACCGGAGGCCACGAGAAGGAAGCUUCUCCAAAACCCUGCCGAAAGCACCAGCCCCCCAGCUCCAGCGAGGACAGUGAGGAGGAACGGCAGCGGUGCCGGGAGGCAGCCGUGUCGGCGGCAGACAUUCUCCAGGCGUCAGCCGUGCACUGUCCUGCCAAGGGCGAGGUGCAGGCCGAGGAGAAGAAGAAGAAGUUGAAAAAGAAAGCCAAGAAGAGGGCGGGCGCCGGCCUGGAUCAGGUAGAGGAGACAGGCGGCAUCAGUGGGGACCCAGUGUCGCUGGGGACCCAAAAGAAGAAAAAGAAGAAAAAGGCCAAGAAAGCCAGAGAGGCUUCCCUGUGCCCACCGGCAGAGUGUGGGGCCGCCAAGCCCGAGAACUGACCCCAGGCUGUGGGCCCCGUGGCCACCAGCUCUGAGGAUCAGGUGCCCGUGGGUCAGGGCAGAGCCAAGCCGCACUCCCACCUCCCAGCCUCCCACACUGACUACCCGCAGGUGACUUAGUUGGCCUUGCCCAGGAGUCCAAGCAAAGUAGGUGUUCAGGGGGAGCCUGUGCAAGGUUGGAAUGGACUUGUGGUUCCAGAAUGUUCCCUGGCUUUUGAGACUGAGUCUCAGAGCAUCCACCUCCCCGACCUGUGUGACCUCGCAUGACAGUUGUCCUCAAGAAUGAUGGACAGGGGUCUCCAAGCUGCUGAGGCCCCGAAAAACGUAUGUACCUUCCCAGCCCACACAGACUGAAUAACAUUGUCUGGAAGAGAAGGAAAGAUGUCCCCACCUCCUCCUUUCCCCCAGUUUGUCUAUAGCAUGUUAAUUUGUUAAUAACACAGGUAAGUCAGUUCACUCACUGAAAGCCGGGUGCCAGAGUGCUGAACACCCACUUAGUGGUAGGCCGCAGGCGUGGGUGCGAGGCCCCGACACAAAGAAAAAGGAAAAUAAAUUAUCAGUGUCAGUGCCGA